UUCGCGGAAGACACGUUUUGUCGUCUGUUCCGUCUAACCUUGGAUGUCAAUCUGCUAAAUCAGCAUCGUUUCAAAUGAAACUACUUGCUGCAAUUAUGAUCCAAUUCGAGAUAGAAUAGAUGUUCAGAGGACGUUUCUUCGAGUAUUUUUGGAGAGUGUAAAUUGGCCCUCUUUCCCUUCUUGUGCUUCCUACAUUUUUUUUAUAAACUUGUACAGUUGCGUCUCAACAGCCGGUGCGGUAUAAUGCGAGUGCCGACCAGCAUUUUUUUCUUCAACUUGUUUAUAAUCGCCUCUAUUUGCAUGAACAACAUCCAAUGUGAGAGGGAAAAGCCGGACAAGGAGGAACGUAAAGCCCAAAAAUUUCCUCCCUGCGCAGCAUGUAAAAUACUUACUAAUAGUUUCAAAAAGGGUAUAGAAAGAACGAGCCGUGGGAAGUUUGAAGGUGGAGAUAGUGCUUGGGAAGAGGACAAGCUAGGUUCCUAUUCAAAAAGCGAAAUUCGACUGGUCGAGAUACAGGAGAACUUGUGUAAAGAGCUCCAACAUGGUGAGACGCAAUGCCAUACUUUAGCGGAGGAAUUGGAGGGUCAGAUAGAGGAAUGGUGGUUUAAAUAUCAAGACACUUAUCCGGAUAUACAUGAUUAUAUCUGCAUUGAAAAGACGGAACGUUGUUGUCCAAAGGAUCACUAUGGUCCAAAUUGUAUGCCGUGUCCAGGAUAUCCAGAUAAAAUCUGUAGCAACAAUGGCAAGUGCAAAGGAGCCGGUACGAGAAAAGGAAAUGGCGGCUGCUUUUGUGACAAGGGAUACAUUUGGGAUAUCUGUUCGGAAUGUGCUCCAGCAUACUAUGAAUCUUAUAAAGAUGAAACUUUGUUGUGUUCUGCAUGUCAUACAGCCUGUGAGGGAUCUUGUAGAGGUGCUGGACCGAAAGAUUGUGAGAAAUGUGCUAAGGGAUGGUACAUGGUUGAAGACAAAGGCUGCAUUGAUAUAGAUGAAUGUUUAAAGAGCGACGAGACCUGUCCUGGCAAUCAGUUUUGCAUUAAUAAGGAUGGAAGCUAUGCUUGUUUAGCUUGUGAUAAAGCUUGCAAUGGUUGUACUGGUGAUGGCCCAGACAUGUGUAUCAAAUGUGCUGAAGGACACCAUAUAAAAGAUAAUAUGUGUAUAAAUUCAGAUCUCCUUGGUCGCAAAAAACAAGAAAAUCUGGCACGAUAUCUGACAUACUUUGGACUCUGUGUGGCUAUAUGUAUCAUCUUGCAGCGCAAUAUUUAUGUGGCAAGCAUUAUUGGCUUGUUAGUUGCAAUAUAUAUAUCCGUUUCCGAAUAUAUGAUUGCACAUAGCAAUGUUCAGGAUACAAUGGCAAACAUGGAUAUUUUAGGACCAGCUUAAAUAGGAAUGCAAUUUUUAAACGAAUUCUUCAUGAAAUCAUUACUUUAUGUUGCAAUAUAAGAAGUCAUUAUUCAUAUGUAAAAUAGAUCAUAUUUUGGACUUACAAUUAAUAUAUAUUCAUUGAAAUGAA